AUGGCGGCUCGACCUGGCGAAGAGAAUGUAGCUACGCUAUUUGGCGACAUUCAUUACUUUUACUCCCCUGCCGAGGUGAAACCUAGGCACCACCGGUUUGACAAGGGAUCGUACGUUUACCUAUUCGAGAACGCCAAUGAAAGAAGAUGUCGAGUUGAGAUUGCAAACAACCCGGGGGCAAGCGACCAAGAUGCUUUCGAUGGCUUUCUCGAUCAGACCCGGGUAAGCUACUCCUACAAGCAACACUGCAUGGUGUCUCUGGUCGUCGCCGACACUGUCAAUCAGAACGAAUGGCACCUACCGACUUACGACCCGCGCAACGAGAACAAAUACCAUUAUAAAUUGCACUCGCUCGACGUCUACUUUUGGACGCAGCAGGACGCCCUGCAAUUUGUGAAUGGCGUGAGAAGGGUUCUGCCUCCGGCGCAGGUCGAGGUAUUGGACGAACCGGUCCCAGCAGCCCACCAGCAGCCAGCUCAUAUGAGCGAUGUCGUGCGCAAGCUCGAGACAGCUGCCAUUUCUGACCCCCAGUACAACAACGGAUCUCUCCCUCCUCCGCCUCCUCCACUUCCUCAAGGCGCGCCUCCUGCGUCGACAGCCCCCGCCCAGCCCGCCAAUUUUGCCCCCAUGGCGUACAACCCUGCGGCGCCGGCAGCUCCCGAAGCAAUACAGCCGCGUGAGAAGACGCCGCCGCCCGAUGAGGACCCUCUCAACCCCCUCGCCGUAGCUGUCGCGUAUGACUAUCAGAACCAGCCCUUCACACCUGGGUUCCCGCACCAGCCGGCGCAGGUGCCACCGGGGCUGCUGAGCCCUGGUCUCCUGAGUCCUGGCAUGCCCCAGUCGGCCCUGGCUAGUCCCGGACUACCCCCGGUCCAGCCCGGACUGCAGCGGACGGCCACCAUGCCAGCUGGAGCCAUGGGACUGGCAUCGCCGGGUCUCGCAAGUCCAUAUGGUGCAGGGUUCCCCGGCGGAGCGCCGCCCCCUCCGCCUCCACUCCAGUCGCAGCUGGCGCCCGUGCACGUCGGGCUGCAGCAGCCGCAACAGCAGCCAACCCCCCCUGUUGCCAGCCCCGGGCUGCCUCCACCACCUUCGACUGCAGGGUUCUCUAACUUCUCUUACGUCCAGCAGGGACAGCCGGCAGCGGUGCCGGCGACAGGUGGCGGUCAUGUCUAUGCUGUACACCAGCAAUAUUACCGACCGACGGCGGAUGAGGCGGCCGCACAAGGGAGCCCCAUGGAGAAUAUGUACCAGCCGAAGCAGGAGGCUAGGGGAAAGUUGGAGGAGAACGCAGGGAGGCUCGAGCGCGGCAUGUCGGGAAUGCUGAAAAAGUUUGAGAAAAAGUUUGGAUAA